UGCCCCCGCCUCAGAGGAUCCACUUCCGGGUGAAAGGUCCGGAGCCGCCGGGUUUCCCCGUGUCCGCCACCUUCCCCUCUCCGCCCUCCGCGGCCGUUUCCGGGGCCGCUGGCCGGGGCCAUGAAGCCGCGGGUGUGAGUGACGAGCCGUCAGGCACCCCCCCUCCGCCGUUGCCGGAGCCCGGACCCCGCCCCCGCCCCGCCGCGGUUCCCAUCCUACCAGAAGCCUGUUGAGUAGUUAAUGCGGAAGGUAAAGAGGUUACGCCUGGAAAGCAAGACCACUGGAAGUUGGAGAAGUUUCUCACUCAUCUCUGAGGGGGAAGAAAGGAUGACCACUGUGGAUGUCCUGCCUGAGAGGCCUGAUGUGGUGGAGAUGGAGGACCCCUCCUCGCCCUUCCAAGUGGAGAAGCAUUCGUGGGAUGGGCUCCGGGACAUCAUUCACAGCAGCAGGAAGUAUUCAGGCAUGAUAGUGAACAAGGCCCCACAUGACUUCCAAUUUGUCCAGAAGACAGAUGAGUCAGGCCCUCACUCUCACCGGCUUUAUUACCUCGGGAUGCCUUAUGGCAGCCGUGAGAAUUCUCUCCUUUACUCAGAAAUUCCCAAAAAGGUACGCAAAGAGGCCCUGCUGCUGUUAUCAUGGAAACAGAUGCUGGAUCAUUUUCAGGCUACCCCACAUCAUGGUAUGUACUCUCGGGAAGAAGAGCUCCUGAGGGAGCGGAAACGUCUCGGUGUGUUUGGUAUCACCUCCUAUGACUUCCACAGUGAAAGUGGCCUCUUCCUUUUCCAGGCCAGUAAUAGCCUCUUUCAUUGCCGAGAUGGAGGCAAGAAUGGAUUCAUGGUGUCUCCCAUGAAGCCACUAGAAAUUAAGACCCAAUGUUCUGGGCCUCGGAUGGAUCCCAAGAUCUGCCCUGCUGACCCUUCCUUCUUCUCAUUCAUAAAUAACAAUGAUUUAUGGGUGGCAAAUAUUGAAACUGGAGAGGAGAGACGGAUGACGUACUGUCAUAAAGGUUUGUCCAGUGUCCUGGAGGACCCCAAGUCAGCAGGAGUAGCUACCUUUGUCAUCCAGGAAGAAUUUGAUCGAUUUACAGGCUAUUGGUGGUGUCCAACAGCCUCCUGGGAAGGGCCUGAAGAUCAUAAGACCCUGCGAAUCUUAUAUGAAGAAGUAGAUGAAUCCGAAGUGGAGAUCAUUCAUGUUCCUUCUCCUGCUCUGGAAGAAAGAAAAACUGAUUCCUAUCGGUAUCCCAGGACAGGCAGCAAGAACCCCAAGAUCGCUUUGAAACUGGCCGAAUUUCAGACAGACAAUCAGGGAAAGAUGGUUUGUGCUCAGGACAAGGAGUUGGUGCAGCCGUUCAGCACGCUCUUCCCCACGGCAGAGUACAUCGCCAGGGCUGGAUGGACACGAGAUGGCAAAUAUGCCUGGGCCAUGUUUCUAGACAGGCCUCAGCAGCGGCUCCAGUUGGUUCUCCUUCCCCCGGCCCUCUUCAUCCCUGUCCCAGAAAGUGAAGAGCAGCGCCUUGAAUUUGCCAAAGCUGUCCCUGAAAAUGUCCAGCCAUAUGUCGUAUACGAAGAAGUUACAGAUGUGUGGAUAAACGUUCAUGAUAUUUUUUAUCCUUUUCCCCAAUCGGAGGGAGAUGAAGAGAUCUGUUUUCUCCGAGCCAAUGAAUGCAAAACUGGCUUUUGUCACCUGUACAAAGUCACAGCUGUGCUAAAACCAAAUGGCUACGACUGGACCCAGCCUUUCAUUUCUGGAGAAGAUGACUUUAAAUGCCCCAUCAAAGAGGAGAUUGCCCUGACCAGUGGUGAAUGGGAGGUUUUGGCAAGGCACGGAUCCAAGAUAUGGGUGAAUGAGGAGACCAAGCUGGUAUAUUUCCAGGCCACCAAGGACACCCCCCUGGAACACCAUCUCUACGUGGUCAGUUAUGAGUCUUCUGGUGAGAUUGUGAGACUUACCACGCCGGGCUUCUCACACAGCUGCUCCAUGAGCCAGAACUUUGACAUGUUCAUCAGCCACUACAGCAAUGUCAGCACCCCGCCCUGUGUGCAUGUCUACAAGCUGAGCGGUUCUGACGAUGACCCCCUGCACAGACAGCCCAAGUUCUGGGCUAGCAUGAUGGAGGCAGCCAGCUGCCCCCCAGAUUAUGUGCCUCCUGAAAUCUUUCACUUCCAUACGCAGUCUGAUGUGGAGCUGUACGGCAUGAUCUACAAACCCCACAACGUCCAGCCUGGAAAAAAGCAUCCCACGGUGCUCUUUGUAUACGGAGGACCUCAGGUACAACUAGUUAACAACUCUUUCAAAGGCAUUAAAUAUUUGAGACUCAACACAUUAGCAUCUCUUGGCUACGCUGUGGUGGUGAUUGAUGGCCGGGGCUCUUGUCAGCGAGGACUCCAAUUUGAAGGAGCGCUUAAAAACCAAAUGGGUCAGGUAGAAAUAGAGGACCAGGUGGAAGGUUUACAUUUUGUGGCUGAGAAGUAUGGGUUCAUCGACCUGAAUCGAGUUGCCAUCCAUGGCUGGUCUUAUGGGGGUUUCCUGUCCCUCAUGGGGCUGAUCCACAAGCCCCACGUGUUCAAGGUUGCCAUUGCGGGUGCCCCAGUCACAGUGUGGAUGGCUUAUGAUACUGGAUAUACAGAGCGGUACAUGGAUGUCCCAGAGAACAACCAGCAGGGCUAUGAGGCAGGCUCUGUGGCAUUGCACGUGGAGAAACUGCCUAAUGAGCCAAAUCGCUUGUUGAUUCUCCAUGGUUUCCUGGAUGAAAAUGUGCACUUUUUCCACACAAACUUCCUCGUUUCCCAGCUAAUCCGGGCUGGAAAACCUUACCAGCUGCAGAUCUACCCCAAUGAGAGACACAGUAUUCGCUGCCCCGAGUCAGGAGAGCACUACGAAAUCACACUGCUGCACUUUCUACAAGAAUACCUCUGAGCACACGGUCUUGGCCAGACCCAUGGAACACUGACAGCUCACCUCUGACCCCUAAUAGCCUUCUUAUCCAGAGCACAAAUGGCCAAUGGCCCACCUCCUGGCUCCCCAUCGCCUGGCCUGAGCAUGGGGAAGGGGCCAAUGAUGCUUGGAAUGGUGCCUCCUCCCUUGACUCACCCCUGUGGAAUUGCUCUCCAUUGCCAGCUGAUGCUUGUCAUUUUUUUUAACGUCCCUCUAUUUUGGCUCCCACUUCUUUGAUCCCAGGACUAAAAGAUAGUGGCCAGUCUCCAAGACUCCCUUUCUGCAUCUUCCUCCUACCUAUUUUAUGGCUGGCUGGUAGGGAAUGGGAUGAAGGGCCUUGAAGCAGCUGGAGUUUGUCCUGGUUAGGUGGGGAUGGGGGAAGAGCACCCAGAGCCGAGAUGAGCGAAUUAGGAAAGCUGCCUUAAGCCGGGAGGCUGUGGCUUCCAGACGGGCCACCUGCUUCUGGUCCCCAGAAACAAACCAGAGCAUAGGAGCAGACAUCUGGGACCCAGGCACGUGGUUUUUCCCUCUUCCAUACUUGGGUUUCUUUAUGAUUGGAGUUUUCACAUAUGACUGGGCAGCCUGAGAGCUUUAUCUAGGGCUGUUUGAGGGGAUAGCCCAGCUACCAGGGACUGUUUGGAUGGCUCAGAGCACAUGCCCUUCUCCUGUUCCCCAGAAUGGGCAGAACAAUGCCAGCAGGUAUCCCAGCCUCUGGAUGGGUCAUCUGUCCAGAGGCUGCAGGAGUGUCAUUCAGGAUAUUUUCCUAGAUGAGAUGAAAUGAAUAUUUAUGUUUUUUGUCCUGUUUUCCUCUCUGGUUCUCCAUCAGCCUCUCCUCUCCUCCCCCCCCUUCCCAACACCGUUCCCUGAGCUUUCAGGCAUGCACUGAAAUAUUUGCUGUGCUUCAGUUCUCUGCAGGUCAGUGACUGUUUUCCCUCGCCAUCUCUCCUGCAAUGCAUCUCUGUUCACCUAGCUCACAUGAAUCACGCAUCCGGGGUUGGGAAUUAGAACCGUCCCGCCUCAGGGUAAUCCCUUCCCCAACUUCUUUCCCAGCCAGAGUUCCGCCAGGGGCGUUAAAGAAAAGUAAACGAACCACAUCUACUUUGCCCGAGUAUUUUAAGUGCGUAUUAUGAAAAGAAAAUAUUUUUGUGGAUUCUUAUUCUUUUAUAAUUAUGAGUGUAAGACAUAGCAACUCAUUAAAAAUAUUACAAAUGGCAGCCUAGCAUCUGGUGGAGUGUUCUUUGAGGCGAAGAUUGAGGCAGGUCAAGCCUCUCAAUGUAACUGGAAGGAGUGGGGUAUGUGUGAGCAGGUUUGGGAGCCCUUGCCAAACUGGGAGGAAGGAAUGUUGGAAUUAUAGUCAAAGGAACUGGAACUAAAUUAGAAGAUUUCCUCGGUGACCCUGGCACUCCAUUCUCUAGUCUUCACUUCUGUCUCCCCUGGAAUGAGGAGGCUGGACUCAAUGGUGCAAAGGUUCUUUUGGGCUUGAAAACCCAUGAACUGUGACUUGUCGGGGACAGAUGUUGACUGCCAUGCUAGAGAGAGGCCUGUCUCCUGAUUCACUGUGGAUGCUGCUUUUGCAAGUGAACAGAUUCCCCCUCUUGUUAGAGAGGGUGCCGCCUCCCUGGAUGGGGUGAAUGUGUGCUAUCUGGAGGAUUUGCUACCUCCAUCUGUGAACUCUGACCCGCUGACCUUCAAACCAACAGUGCCUUUGGUCAAGUUUUCAGAAGGGCAAAUUCUUACUCCCUAUUCCUUUGCUUCCUACACAUAGGAGUGAACCUGUAAGAGCUCUCACAAGCUCUCUCAUCUUACAGAUCAGUAAACGGGUCAAGAGAGGAGAGGGUUCUUGAGAUCACACAGUCAUUAAGUAGCAGAAGCAGGAUUUGAACUCGUCUCCUGACAUGUAGGAAGGGAAGAAUGACUCUAUAUUACAGGUUUUUCCUUCUAUAGCUAGGGCUACCUGCCCUAAGUACCACCAAAUAGCGUGGGCCCAUAGAGCUUAACCUGUUUGUUAGUAAGACGUUUUAUAACAGGAAUUUGCCAUAACCAGAUUUGACUGAAACUGAAAUUUUCACUUAACCUGUUGUAACAGCAAUAGAUGGGAGACAGUUGUCUUCCCAACUUCCAAAGGUAACCCCACAAAUGUUUUGAGACACUGUCACUUAACUCACUGUGUCAGUGUUUGAGACAUCAUUCUAAUUCAGUGAAGUCAAAGUACCCCGCCAUCCUGACCAUCUUCCCCUUUAUCCCUGUGGAAACAACAGCCCAGGACCAUGAACCUUUGGAAAUGAGGUGUCCUCCAGCCCAGCCUCCCAGUCACUCCAGGGAAGAAACUGGAAAAGAGGCCCGUCUCUCUCAUGGCCAUAAGCAGCUGCUGCGGACAAAUGGCCACAGAGAGGCAGACACCCGAAGGCUGAGGAUGGCGGCGCCGCUGCCCCCCAUACCAUGCCUUCCUCUUCCCU